GAGGUUUCGAUUUUUUUUUACUUGAAAUCAGCGGGCGGGCGGGGAGGUCAUUUUCGUCGGACGGAUAAUUUCCCGCCACAAGGAAUUCCUCGACGAAAUUCAACUCUAUUCGCUGCAAUUGCAAGAGACGAUCUCAGUGAGUUUGAUCUGAUUUGAUCUGUGAGGAGGUUGAGAGAGAAGAAGAAGCACAGGCAAUGGGAGAAAUAACGAAUCGAUGGAAGGUGACCUAUACGAAGCACCUUAAGCAGAAGCGCAAAGUUUAUCACGAUGGUUUCUUAGACAUCCACCGUUCCAGCAACAAGACAAUGCUCUAUGAUGAGUGCGAGAAGCUCCUCGAAUGUAGAAUGUUAAAGCAAGAUGAAGUAAUUUGCUCUGGCGAAACGCUUAUAUUCAACAGUUUUCUAGUUGACAUUGACACUCCACUAGGAGAUCAGAAGCCGGAGUCUGGUCUGAAUUUCCAAGAAGGUGAUGAUAAGAUAUCUGAAAAUUCUGGUGUGGUCCGAGGGAAAAGUAUCCUAAAUAACUCAGUUUGCUCUGCAGGUGCAGAGAAGAAUAAAACUCGGCCGAGUUUCAGCCCUUCACAACAAAUAAUCAGAGAAUUUAAGAAGAGAAGAUUGAAGUGCUACGGAUCGCCACAAACUAGUCUAGACACUAGAAAGACAGAAGAGACAGAGUGGCAGGUCCUUUACACCACAAAUAUUACUCAGAAAGCUAAGAAGUUCCACGACGGUUUCUUAAAACUUUCUAUUUGUGGAUCCCUCGGGAGUCAGGUCAUGCUCUUUGAUGAAAACAGGAAACUAUUGGACAGCAGAUUUAUUAAGAAGCACGAAACAGUAAAAUCUGGAGAAUCAAUAGCCUUUGAUGCUCAUUUAGUAGAAAUUGGAGAAUGUGAAAAGGACCAUAAGCCUUCUAAAAUUCCCUUAAAUGAAGGUACUAGUUCUAAAGAAGGGGGAGCAAGCGUACUCCAUGGACAGAAAAGCUGUUUCAGUGAAAAUGAAAUAUCAACUGGAAAAGAAUGGAAUGUUUUGUACACUAGUCAGAUAACUCAGAAGUCCAAGAAAUAUCAUAAUGGGAUCAUCAAAAUUUCCUCAUCUGGUUCUCACCAAAUGCAGGUUACUUUACUGAAUGAAGAUAGAAACAUAUUAAGCCGUAAACACUUAAGUUUAUCUAAAAAUGUGAGGGUGGGGGAGAAACUUGAGCUACCAAAAUACUUGGUGGAGAUUGGCGAGGCAUGCGAAAGUGUCAAAGUAGAGCUCGGCGACAGAAAAUGUGAUAUUAGAAAGGACGCAAGUUUUUGCAUUUCUGGUGGAGAUGAAAAUGGAUCGGGCAGGGAGACUACGCAAAAGUCUUUACGGGAUGCCCAUCAAAUAUUGUCCAUUCUUCAAAGACCAAGGGGUAGAGUGAACCUUUCUUCCGGUCAUACAGAUGAAAAUAUUAGCGUAUCUGUUUCGUCACGUAACCCUAAACCUUCCCUUGCGGAGGCAUUGCAUCUUCCUAAAGAUUACCAAUCUCAUCAAAAACCAAGUGAAGGACAGAACACGAGGGAAUCAAUUAAGAAUACAGAAAACAGCCAAUCCAUUGCUCUAACUCAAUCAACAUUCACUGGUAAUGCCGAAACAUUGACAGAAGAUGGUGAAUUCGGACAGUCCAGCAAGCUUCUUCGGUCAGACCAUGUGGAGGCCGAAAGUAUUUCUCUCAGAAAUUCAAUUCCUAGGAGAAGUGACUCUACUGCUUGUAGCCUUGUCAACGACGACGAAGGGAAAAUCUGCGAAGAGAUUACAUACGAAAGAGAAAUGCAUGCAUUCCCAAGUUUUGAUCUUGGAAUUUGAGCUUGCCAAUUCAUAUUUAAAUAUGCGACGCAGCGCCUACAGGCUACGACACAGUUGCUUGUUGCUGGGGGUGCAAUGUAUGUUGAAGUAUUCAACAAAGGGCUCAUUCCACUAGCAUAUAGCAUCAAGAAGAAAAACAAAGCUGGUGAAACCAACACUUACUUGGAUGGCAUCAAUCUCCUUUUCACCUACUUCACAAAACCCGAAUCAAUGGCAGUUCUCGAGGCAACACUUCAAGCAGACGACGAUGUUGUUCGAUCAAUGAGUUUCAAGGUAAGGAAACGAAAAUUCUAAGUAUGCUUUACCCUUUAAAUAUCUUGGUGUUUCACAUCAUCAUUUGGACAAAUUUUAUUCAAAGCAAUGGAAAAAGAUUUGUAGUUGCCAGUUUGUGCUUUUCCUUUUCAAAAUGAGUGCUGCUAUUGUGACAACUCUAUGGGCCAUUUAGGCUUUAUCCAUAACCAUCUGAUUGCUGUUCUUUCCA